AUGUUCCGUUCUCGCGCCGACAAGAAGGAGGAGAUCGUCAACGAGAAGGAGGUGCAGCAGGGCAUCUACCCGGGCCAGGACGUCGAGGAGGUGGCGGCCGCCGACCGCCUCCAGCCCGAGGUUGCGGACGCGUUCGCGCUCCGCGACGGCGACACGCACGGCAAAACCAACUUCAAGGACCUCGGCUGGAUCAAGGCGGGCAUCAUCAUCACCUGCGAGGCCGUCGCCCUCGGCACUCUCUCGUUCCCCUCGACCUUCAAGCGCCUCGGCCUGGCCGGCGGCCUGAUCUGCAACACCGCCUUUAUCGCCAUCGCCUACCUGUCCGCCUCGAUCAUGGUCGACUUUAAGCGCCGUUACCCGCACGUCUUGAACGCCGCCGACGCCGGCGAGGUUCUCUUCGGCCGCUGGGGCUACCGCAUCCUCGGCGUCGCCAUCGUGUUCAAGUCGAUCGGCCUCGCCGCGAGCCACAUCCUCGCCGGCAAGCUCGCCAUUGCGACGUUCGACUCGGGCGCCAACUGCGCCAUCGGCUGGGCCGUCCUCAUCGCGGGCGUGUCGGCCAUCCUGUCGUACAACCGCAAGUGGAGCGGCCUCCUCGGCCUCUCGGUUGCGUCCAUCUCGUGCAUCGUCAUCGCGUGCAUCAUCACCAUGGUCGGUGCCGGCACGCAGGACCCGGCACGCCUCGAGAAGAACGGCGAGCCCGUGCACUGGGUCGCGUUCAACAGCGAGCUCACGUUUGCCGACGCCAUCGGCGCCAUCACCAACUGCGUCUUUGCCUACGGCCAGAACAUGGCCGUCCUCACGUUCCUGCCCGAGAUGCGCAAGCCGUCCGACUUUAAGAAGUCCAUCGCGCUCAUGCAGGGCUUCCAGCUCAUCAUCUACUCGGUCGUCGGUGCCGUUCUGUACUCGUACGGUGGCCAGUACACCCCGUCGCCGGCUCUGACGAUGACCAACCAUAAGCUCGCCAUCGCCUCGUACGCCUUUGCGCUCGUCACCAUCAUCGUCUCGGGCAUCGUCGCCGUCAAUGUCGGCGCCAAGUUCUUCUACACGCAGCUGUUCCGCAACUCGUCCAUCCUCACGAGCGACAGCUGGGCCGCCCAGCUCUACUGGCUCGCCAUCAUCUUCAGCAUGUACGGCGUCGCGUUCGUCAUUGCCGAGCUCAUUCCCUUCUUCAACCAGCUCCUCACGAUCGUCUCGUGCCUCACCUCGACCUGGUUCGUCUGCGGGUUCGCCGGCGCCCUGUGGCUGCACAUGCACCGCAGCACUCGCGGCGCUGGCUGGUUCAGCAGCCCCGUCAAGAUUGCGCUCUUCUGCGUCUCGGUCUUCCUCAUCGCCAUCUCGCUGUUUAUCACACCCUCGGGCAUCUAUAGCGCAAUUGUCGGCAUCAUCGAUGGUUACAAGGGAGGCAAGUUUAACCACCCCUUCUCCUGCUCGUCCUAG